AAACGUAUUCAGUACUCACUCUUGGCCAUGUGACGGUUAGCUAGCCUGCUCAGAACAUACCUCGCUGCCAGUGCUUAGCAAUCGUUCCAGGAAGAGCUGCCCAGCUGUGGAGGAGACUCGGAGGAGGCCUCGUCAACGCCAUGGCCGGGAGUUCGACGGUGUGCGUGACCGGCGCCGGCGGGUUCAUCGCCUCGUGGCUCGUCAAGCUCCUCCUCUCCCGCGGCUACACCGUCCACGGCACCGUCCGCGACCUGGGUGACAAGAAGUCAGCCCAUCUGAAGCGGCUCGAGUAUGCCGCUGAAAGCCUCAGGAUUUUCAAGGCCGAUCUCCUGGACUACGACGCGAUGGCUGCUGCCAUUGUGGGAUGCCAGGGGGUUUUCCAUGUGGCCACUCCUGUGCCAUCAGAGAAGCUGACUGAUCUAGAGCUGCAAAUGCUGGCUCCGGCUGUUACUGGCACCACGAAUGUGCUCAGGGCUGCCUCGGCCGCGGGUGUCCAGCGAGUGGUGGUCGUGUCAUCCAUAGUGGCCGUGGAGAUCAACCCGAAAGAUUGGCCUGAAGGCAAGAUCAGAGACGAGAGCUGCUGGUCAGACGAGGAGUUCUGCAGGAACAAUAACAUCUGGUACCCGGUCGCCAAGAUCAUCUCGGAAGAGGCGGCGCUGGAGUACGGGCGUCAGACCGGGCUCGACGUGGUGUCCGUCAAUCCGGGGUUGGUGUUCGGGCCCAUGCUGCAGCCGACGGUUAACGCGAGCAGCCAGUUCCUCAUCUACUUACUGAAAGGAGGCCCUGACAAGGUGAGGAACAAGCUCUGGCACAUCGUCGACGUCCGCGACCUUGCCGAGGCGCUGCUCUUGGUCUACGAGGGUGCUGGAGCCUCCGGUAGGCACAUCUGCGCACCUCAUGUCGUCAGCGUCCGCGAACUCCUCGACUCGCUGAAGAGCAACUACCCUGAUUACCCUUGCAUUGCCAAGGAGAGCGUAUUUGACAGAGAUCACCCGGCUCCGAUGAGUUCUGAGAAGCUGAAGAAGCUCGGGUGGAGCUUCCGGCCGCUGGAGGAGACGAUCGCCGACGCGAUCGGGUUCUGCCAGCGCGCUGGGUUCCUUGGUGAUGCGGAUGGGGCGGCUCCCUGCCGUUUCCCUCCUCUUUUCAACCAAAUCUAGUCUUGGAAAUCGCAUGGAUCAAUCGUUCAGAAAAAAAAAAAAAGAAAUCGCAUGGAUCUGGGGGCAACGCAGCCAAGCGUGCAAAUGUUUAUGCUUUUCUGGAUCUCUCGUGUGGUACCAACUUAGAUUUGUGAACUGUUUUGGUUGUAAUCUGGUGAUGCUACUGUGCGUGCGCUUAUCAGGUCAGUAGAAUGGUUGUCAGGUCUGUAAUUCUUUCCUAUGAACAAAAGGGAAGUAUUGUACUCUUCGUCUCUUC